AUGGCUCACCCUCACGAGUUGUUCAACUUUGGUAGGUCCUUCUCUUUGUCUUCCUUCUCGUCACUCAAGUUGAAAGCCACCCUCAGAGUGGUCAUUAGUGCCCAGCCUUGCGUUCCCGAUAUGCUUGUCGAGGUGAAGUCCAAGAUCAAGUUGUAUGCUACUGAGCAUCCGGGUGAUCGUACCGCUGUCGACAUGAUUUACUACUCGUUAGCGGAUCACACAGAUGGUCGCGCCUUGGUGGCAAACGCCUCUCACACCCACCCAGGGGGUGAGAAGCUGGUCAAGGACAAGAAGUCCAUGGACGAUGAAUAA